AUGGUGAGGCCUGAAUCGGUGGUAGAGCUAAGUAGUUACGCGUCUCAACUUCCGGCGCCACUUUCAAUCUUAUCGGUACAAAGUCGAGGUCAUGUUUUAGGGCGUGCUGCACAUUUCACUGUUGCGUAUGAAGCGACGGCAGAAUUGGUAACGAGACUUGGGGAAGCGGUGUUUACUGUCGGAAAUAUUGUCAACUUGCGAGGUGUAGUCAUUGGAUAUGUCCAUCGUAGUCGGAAUUGGGUUGUAGAACUUCGAGGUGCCAAUGUAGAAGCGACCGUCAUUCCCCCGACGCAAACGGAGGACGCUGGAGCAUUCGAUAGUUAUUACGGUGGUGAUUGGUAG